CGAUGGGAGCAAACGCGGCUGCCAACGACGUGGUACGCGCAGAGCUGCGAGUGGGCACGGUGGUGCUCGCCGGCUCGCUCGCCCAGCCCAACCCUAUCUACUUUGACCAGGACCGUUGCGUGCCCGCGCCUGAAAUCGCGGGAGCGAGAGGCGGUGGUAUGGCGGAUGUGCUGGUGUGGUGGGACGUGUUUUCGGAGCGCACUACGUGCAACGCGGUGCAGCUGUUCGCGUCGCCCGACUGCUCGGGGGCACCCGCGGCAAAGUACCAAAACACAGCGUACAUGAGCACGUUCAAGAUGGGCGCAUCAGUGAAGUCCAUCCGCUGCGUUCUCG